UGGGCAUCCGAUGGAACGCCGAAACCACGACAGCACUGCUGCAAACUAUGGCUGCAAACCUAUGAAACGUAUACAUCUAACGCAAUAAACUAUUGCUGGAAAGAAUUCAUUGACAUGACUGGCGUUAGAUCUGAACAUGAUGGUAAUAUAAUACUGAGAAGCGUAAAGCAUGGUAACAUCAGUCAUGUACCGACAUUAGACAUGUCACAACUACUGAUCAAGAACGGCUAGGCUGGAGCAUCAGAAGCUGCAUGAGAAGCAUCGUGGACAUGAAGCCAUGCAUGCUGAGAUGGUCCUCAUCCUUAUCGCCGCCAUAUUCGUCGCCCAGGUGGCACUAGUGCAGUGGAAGAAGCUUCAUUUUCGAUCCUACCAGCUGCUGACAUUGAUUGCAAUGAUGGUGAUUCCUGUCGGAAUCUGCGUGUCACAUCAUUGGUGGCGAUUCAUUAUAUGUUGGUGCGUUUUCAACAUGGCUACAGGAUUUGUAAUGUUCAAAGCUACCCGACCGCUACUGGCUGGGUCAACGCCCAGGUUGGUCUACAAGUGGUUCUAUCUCAUCUAUAAGAUUAGCUACGGUCUCGGCAUCGUUGGCUACCUCGCUAUCAUGCUCACACUGCUUGGCGUCAACGCUCUGUUCCUCGCUAAACCCAACACCUGGAUGGACUUCGGCAUCCUCUGUCUCUACUACGGCCUCUACUAUGGCGUCGUCGGACGUGACCUCGCUGAGAUCUGCACAGACAAGAUCGCAGCGAAGGUCGGGUACUACUCUCACAGUGGCCUGCCCGCACGAGGUCUUGAACCGGGCAUCUGUUCAGUGUGCGGCAACCACCUGUUGGUCACGCUGGGUGACAACGAUUCAGCUGUCAUAGAAAAAACGUACCAGCUAAACUGCGGACAUGUCUUUCAUGAGUUUUGCAUUCGAGGAUGGUGCAUCAUAGGAAAGAAGCAGAUUUGUCCUUACUGCAGGGAGAAAGUAGACCUGAAGAGGGUGUUCAAGAAUCCCUGGGAGCGGCCGCACGUUCUCUACGGACAACUGCUCGACUGGAUACGAUACAUGGUUGCGUGGCAGCCACUCAUCAUAUCCGCCGUGCAGGGCAUCAACUACCUGCUCGGUCUCGAGUAGCCCCCGCCAACGGACAGUUCCCCAUGGUGGCGAGAAGGUUCACGGCACUUAACGACCAGAGCAUUGGGAGGAGAAGAGAUGCGUCGCUGCGACAGCUUCGUGUAGUAGCAGUGCUAGACAUUUAACGAUCAACAGAGGAAGAGAGCAAAGGAGAUUAGUGGAGAGGAGAGGGGAGAGAACGGAUAGAGGAGGGAAGGGAAGGAGAGGAGGCGAGAGGGGAGGAGUAGAGGAGACAGUAUGAGAGAGAAGAGGAUGAGAGGAGAGAGAGCAGGAGAGUGGAAGAUAGAAUACGGGGAGAAGGGAAGAGUGGAGAGGAGAGGUGAGGGGGAGGGGAUGGGAGGAGGAGGUGGUGGCUGUGUAACGUACUAGUACUUACAUUCUGGGAGUUGUCACUAGAUGUGAAUUCCCUGUUGAAUAUCCACCCGAUGUUUUUAUAUCUAUGUUGUAAGUGUGCAAGGGUCAUUAAGUGAGCAAGGCAUGUAAGAGUGUAAGGACGUUGUAAGGGACGGACUGGCCCACAAGUUGCUCAUUGCAGCACUAGGUUGAAGUCAGACGAUGCAAAGAGUUGAAUGGUGUACAUUAACCUACCCUGAACGAACCAGCACAAAACCGUGUCUGAAUGGUCGCGCCGAUGUGCGUGCAGGCGUGACUAAAAAUCUCUCAUCUCGGUCGCCGUGUAAAUUUUGCUGCAACGAUCUUAGACAUUUUCGAGGUGACCAUAUUACCAAACGUUCAUUCUGCUUUCGGUCUAGUUAUUUUCGAGGUUGGGCAAAGUAUGCUCGCCCGGUAAAAUUUUAUUGGUUGGUUCAUUCGCGUGACCUUCAGUGUCGAGUCAAUGUCGAUGGUCCACAUGUCUGUCAUGUCUGCCGAAGUCUGAUUGGUUCUCAAAGUCAGGUGACUAUGGAUAACUCCAUUUUUGAAUGGGCCGAGUCACAAUAACAAGGGCCAUUCGAUGCGGCAAGAGAGUGGGGACGUGCGUAGUUCCAGCAGUGAGACACUAUGAUGAGAUAAGUUCUCAGUGGCAAGGAGAUGCGCAAUGUGCGAGAGAAAAUGCGACGCUGUGAACUGAAUGGAUUCUAUGAACAUCUUAAUGAUUGCGAAAUAUCAACGACAGGUUUAUUUGUUGCGUGAGCACGAUGAAUGAAAAGGUAGUCUGCCGCAAAUCUGUCCCACCACUACGUCCCUGAUGAGGCGUAUCUACUGAGGGGCCUAGCUACGUUUGCCACAUGAUAAUGUUUUGCAUCUGAACGUUCACUGUUGUUUUGGUCGUCAGCCGUUCCUCCUCCUCCAGGAAAACAUGACCCAAGUUCCCGUUGUUCCUUCUCUGUGAACAUGUAACCAACCACCAAGGCUCCCGUUAUUCCUUUCUGUGUCAAUAUAUGUAUCAGGAAUAUCUUCAGUUACGAGUGAGUCCGCCAUGUGUGUCACACUUCAAAGUCCCCUGCACAGAAUUCACAGCAGCAAUUGUAUUUUAGGAUAAAUACAGUGUAUUGUUCAUGACUCGUUAGUGAUAGUUCAAUCUUAAAAUCUUCAAUUAAGCUCAACAAAUAUACUUUAUAAUUCGAAAGAUUACUCCUAACAUUGUCCGGAAAGCCAAUGAAUUUAUUCCAAUAUUCACAGCAGUGAAUUACCUGCACGCACUCGUGGAACGUACAGUUUUACCAGCUGGAUUACACGCAGAAUGAUCUGCUGCAAAUAUGUCGCAGUUUUCUUGCUUUAUUUGGUGAAAAUAAAACUAGUUUCUAUUACUAACACGACAUGGCAUUUUAUGCCGAUGUGAUGGUGCAGUUAGUGAAAUCCUGUGAUAACUAUGUUCACCUUGGUUCCAAGCUGCUGCAUAUAUUGUAAGCAACAAAUGAUGUUGCUGUGGUUCCGUACUAGGUGGGAAUGAUGGGCAGGUUGUAUUAUAUGUGUUUAACCAGUUUUUACCUGGGUAUUUAAUAUGUGGUGUGCGUCGACAUGUACAAAUAAAUAUUGAUUGUUUCCAUUAAAAAGUGAAAAUUGUAAAAA